AGAGACAUYAGACACGUGUAAUAAUGAAGACGAAUGCCUUGCUUUUUGUCACUAUUGCCCUUGUUGCAGUUUCCUUUACUGAGGCCGGUUGCAGAAAGAAAUUUGAUGUUGGGAUCCUGYUUGAUGGAUCGAAAAGAGUUAGGGAAACAAAUUUUGAUGAAGCGAAACGUAUUAUCACUACYUUGGCAMUUUACCUAAAUGUUUCUCCASUUGGAAGUCGUAUGGGAAUAAUAACCUAUUCCGAUGAAGUUAACGUUGCACUCAGAUUCAAUGACCCGGAUACGAGACGUUAUAUAUAGCGUAUUAGAAAAGAUCCAAAAGAUUGGAUUCCCCGGUGGUUUUAAAGCCCGAAGUGAAAGGGCCAUAAAUAAUGCGAGUACCAUUUUUUUUGGUGAKAAGGGCAGAGGUAACAGACCUAAUGUCCCAGAUAUGAUGUUAUUGUUUACUGCUGGAACAAAUAUCAAUGGACUCAAAAGUCUAGUUCAGAGUGCCAUGAGAAGACCAUCCCUCAAGGAUGUAGUUAUUCUGGCAUUGGGUAUCAACAGGAGCAUGCCACCAACACGUCCAUUAGUUGUGGAGGAGAUUACUGACGGGRAAAGKAAAAAUUAUGCGAUCAAUGGUAAAGGCCGUCCUGCAMUUCAGAGGGGGCUUGGUCGGAUUUUGAAGAAUAUCUGCGAGAGGUACUAAGGCUUGAAAACCAUGCCAAACAUGCUAAAUACUUCAUUUUGUGAUGCCGUUUAUUUAUGAGGUAGCACGAACAGCAUUAGUGAUAAUGAGAGUUCCUGGGUGCAAAAAACAAAACUCUUGAACAUGCAUUAUAUUUGUUACUUAUUUGAUCUAUUUCUAAUUAACUUAGGUGUUAAUUUGUUCUCUGCGCAUAUCACUCACGUCAAUUGCAAACAAUUUCGAAGUAAUCACAACAAGGGCUAAAAGGGAUAGUUAUCAUAAAAAAAAUCUAAGUUUAUUUACUGUCCAACCAUAGAAGGCUUCCUUCAAUCCCAAAGAUGAGGGUUCAUGUGAUUUGUGUCUUUUUAGCACUAUAUUUUGAAAAUUGUUGUUGUUAUAAUACAUGAUUAGGGAUAUUGGUUAUUUCCCUACACCYAGCGUAGCCCAGUGCUAAUUUUAAAUUCGGGAUUKGAACUAGGAUUUUGGCUUAAGGCUUGUCAAGUAAGCAUCCUUCACGCCAGUAAAAUUAAAUCCCAUAKCUGAGAUCUGGACAGAACUUCUAACAUGUUCAACUACCUGAAGUCGUUUGGCUAUCACUAGAUAUGUAGAAGACCACCGCACGUUUUGUAAGAAAAGCAUUAAACGGGUCUCAAGAUAACAAACCACAGAACUCUCAAAUUACCGUAUAUUUUUUAUGUAACUUUACUGAAUGCUAUAAGUAAUGUUUAAAGUCCGACAAUGAGGACUUCAAGUCCGCGCAAUUAGUUCCAGUCCGAGGCGUUAGCCAAGGACUGGAACUGAUUGCAAGCACUUGAAACCCCKUCCAGUCCGAAUUGGAGGACUUUGAACGACUUCUCAUACUCAUUAAUUAUU